AAAAUUUUAGUAUGGCUCGGUUCUGUUGCUAUCAAAACGCCAAAACGCAUCAAACAAGCGAACGUUUGCAAAAUCAUUAAACAUUUAAAGCUUUUUUCGUUAUAAAUUAUUGAAAUAAAAAAUGUUAACAAAUAACUGUAGGCGUUCCCUACUUAUGACCCGUAGUCUCUUGACAAAUGUUUUUGUCAAAGAAUCACUGACCUCCUCCUCCUCUUCAUUUGCAAUGAACUCAAAAGGCUCAAAUUUUCUUUUAGCCUCUACCUCGGCCAUAACACAGGAUAAAUUGGACAAAUGGCGUCAAAAUUUCUACGAUGAACCCAAAAACUUGUUGGCGCAAAAUGUCUGUUCACGUUUCGAUCCGUUCGAGGUGUGUCUGUCGCGUAAAUGUUUGGAAACCACCAAUCAUGUGUUCACCCACAAAGUGGAAUUGGAAGGCAAGCCUGUCACCAAUCAAAGAAGUUCCGGCAGAUGCUGGCUAUUUGCCGCCCUCAAUUGCCUGCGUUUGCCCAUGAUGAAAGAAUACAAUCUGGAUGAAUUUGAAUUCUCUCAGGCUUAUCUCUUCUACUGGGAUAAAAUUGAACGUUGCAAUUAUUUCCUAAAUAAUAUUGUAAAAACUUCAAAACGUGGCGAAAAGGUUGAUGGACGUCUGGUGUCAUUUUUAUUGAAUGAUCCAACCUCUGAUGGCGGUCAAUGGGAUAUGUUAGUUAAUUUGAUAACCAAACAUGGAGUUAUGCCAAAGAAAUGUUUCCCCGAAAGUUACAGUUGCGAAUCCAGUAUGCGUAUGAACGGUGUUCUGAAGAGCAAACUACGUGAAUAUUCCAAAGUGCUGCGUGACCUGAUGGACACUAACCCCUCCGAUGAGGAAGUUAAUGCCAAAAUCGAUGAAAUGAUGGGUGAAAUCUAUAAGGUCGUUGGCAUUUGUUUGGGUAUACCAUCCAAAGAAUUUACCUGGGAGUAUUAUGAUAAAACCAAAAAUUAUCAUUCGGUGGGACCAAUUACACCACUGGAAUUCUAUGAAACCAAGGUUAAACCAUUAUUCAAUGUUGAGGAUAAGGUAUGUCUAGUUACCGAUCCUCGUCCAUCUAGCAAAUACAAUCAGGCCUAUACCGUGGAUUGUUUGGGCAAUGUUGUUGAUGGCCGCCCUGUUUUGUACAAUAAUCAACCCGUUGAAGUCUUACUGCAAAUGGUUGCAGCUAGCUUAAAGGCCGGUGAGCCAGUAUGGUUUGGUUGCGAGGUGAGCAAACGUUUUGCCGGCAAGCAAGGCAUUGAAGAUUUGAAUGUCCAUGAUUUCAAAUUGGUAUUCGAUAUUGAUAUUCAGAAAACUCUGACCAAAGCUGAUCGCCUGAUCUAUGGUGAAUCUGCCAUGACUCAUGCCAUGGUAUUUACCGCUGUCUCUUUAGAUGAUAAUGGUGAAGUGAAGAAAUUACGCGUUGAAAACUCUUGGGGCGAGGAUCGAGGUGAAAAGGGCUAUCUGGUAAUGUCAGCCGAAUGGUUUAAAGAAUUCGGUUUCGAAGUGGUCGUCGAUAAGAAAUAUGUGCCUGCCGAUAUACUGAGUGUGUUCGAUCAGGAUCCUAUAGUUUUACCCGCCUGGGAUCCAAUGGGUACAUUGGCCCAAUAAAAUGUUACCUUUUUAUAUAUAAAUAUAAAUUCAAUAAUAUAUUUAAAUAUUUCAAUUAAUGUCUAAAGAUGGAACAUACCUUUAUCCACAAAAUCAACAUCAACAACACCAACAAAACAAUCCCAAACAUGCUUUUUACUAUAAAUCAAGGUUUUCUCACUAUAUACUUAUAUAAAAACAAAUGUUGGCCUUUUUGCAAGGCAAUCAAUCACCAACCACCCCCUCAUAUCCAAUUUGUCUAUGCAUCACUAUAAGCAAAAAACAAAUAUAUAUAUAAAUAUGUAUAUGCAGUUCACCCAUCUCUACUAUAUAUAAUCUUAUACAUUUUUAUAAAAAUACAUAAAUAGCUACUUAAUGU